GCACAUUUGCCAUUUCAACUUGAUGCACCUCUUUGGGGUAAAGUGAAGUCGGUGUUCAACAUUCAAGUUUCCAACUCCCUUCGUCUUCUUUGCGCCUCCCCAAAUUAAAGUCUGCGCCUUUGCAACUAAUCAAUCACUGAAGCCUUUUCUCCAACAAUAUCUAUAUCCUGUAACUGGGUAGUUAGUUUUUCUCUGCUCUUCCCAAAAUGCCCCCGCAAACCAGAAGAACAUCUUUCCCGAAAGUGGUGGUGGAGCGCGAUACUGACUCGGAAGAGAGUUCAUCGGAAGAAGAAGGCCAAGAAGAGGUCUUGGUAAAAGAAUCAGAAACAUAUGACGAAGAAGAAGAACAAGUUAAAGGAAAAGGGGAUGUGGAGAAAGUAGAAGAAGUCUCUUCCUUAAAGAAUGGGAAACCUCAUAUCACUAUUAGUCUUAAAAAAAUCUGCAAGGUUUGCAAGAGAACUGGCCAUGAAGCGGGAUUCAAGGGGGCGACCUACAUUGACUGCCCAAUGAAGCCCUGUUUUCUCUGCAAAAUGCCAGGGCAUACCACAAUGUUUUGUCCAUAUCGAGUGUCAACGGAAUUUGGUGUAGUGCCGUCACCGCGUAGGAACAAGGAAAAUCCUUUGGAAUAUUUUUUCCAACGCCAGAUUCAACCCCACAUUCAUCCAAUCAGGCCAACAUUUGUGAUCCCAGAUCAAGUGCAAUGUGCCGUUAUUCGAUAUCAUAGCAGACGGGUGACAUGCCUGGAGUUCCACCCUACUAACCACAAUAUUCUUUUAUCUGGUGAUAAGAAAGGACAACUUGGAGUCUGGGAUUUUGUGAAAGUACAUGAGAAGAUGGUCUAUGGAAAUAUACAUGGCUGCAUACUUAAUAAUAUGAAGUUCAGUCCAGCAAAUGAUGGAUCCGUAUAUGCUGCAUCUUCAGAUGGAACAGUUAGCUACACUGAUAUAGAAACUGGAAUUUCUUUGUCAUUGAUGAACCUUAAUCCUGAUGGAUGGCAGGGAGCAAGCACUUGGAGAAUGCUUUAUGGGUUGGAUGUAAAUCCAGAAAGAAAUGUUGCACUCAUUGCUGAUAAUUUUGGAUACCUAUAUAUGGUUGAUGUUAGGAGCAAUAGUGUAAUUGGUGAACCAAUUUUGAUUCACAAGAAGUCAAGUAAAGUCGUUGGUCUUCACUGCAAUCCUUUUCAGCCAGAUCUUCUGUUAAGCUGUGGAAAUGAUCACUUUGCACGUAUAUGGGACAUGCGGCUGUUGAAAUCUGGAUCUUCUCUGUGCAACCUACCACACAAACGUGUUGUAAACUCAGCGUACUUUUCUCCGCAUAGUGGUAGCAAGAUACUUACAACUUCACAGGAUAAUCGACUUCUGGUUUGGGAUUCAAUAUAUGGUAACCUUGAUACUCCUAGCAGGGAAAUUGUUCACAGUCAUGAUUUCAAUCGACACCUUACUGCUUUUCGAGCAGAGUGGGACCCAAAAGAUCAUUCGGAGUCGCUUGUUGUCAUUGGGCGUUACAUAAGCGAGAAUUUCAAUGGAACUGCCUUGCACCCCAUCGAUUUUAUAGAUAUCAACACAGGACAGUUGGUUGCUGAAGUGAUGGAUCCGAACAUAACAACAAUCAGUCCUGUGAAUAAGUUGCAUCCACGUGAUGAUAUUCUUGCAUCUGGAAGUUCAAGGUCACUUUUUAUUUGGAGGCCAGUGGGGGAAUCUGAGGAAAGAGAUGAGCAGAAGAAGAUUUUAGUUAUGGGGCAUGCUGAUAAGAAGAUGCGAAAGACAUUUGGUGAUGCUGACAGUGAUGAAGAUGGAACUAGUGGUAAGAAGAACAUCAAGAAAAAGAACAUGAAUGUUGCUUUGAAAUCUCAGUCUCUCAGUCUCAAAAAGAAGAAAAGCUAGUUUUUUUUCUGCAUUGUCUAAUGAUUUCCCAAGAUACAUAUGCAGCUGUUUUGUAUAGUUUAAUAGUCCCAACUUCACAAUUUUGUGUAGAACUUGGCCAGGUGAAGAAAUGUUGUUGUCUUUUAUGGCAUGUUGAGCAGUUUAGCCUCUCUCUGGUCAUGGGUCACUCUUUUCCUUCAUUGUAGACUUGGUAGUGAUGCAGCCUGACCCAUAAAGUAGUUGGGACAUUAUUUAACGUGUUAUUUUGUUAUGCAAAAUUUGAUCGCUCCAUUGUGUAAAGUAUUGCUGGGCUAUAUAUUUUGCUAUUUUAUGGUUUACUAUCUA